UAUACUUCUCUUAUAUAUAUGAAUGCAACAUUGUCGUGCAAUAUUAACCUCAAAUUGUUUCAAUUUCAAGUUUCAACUGGUAGUAUUUUGUGUAAUACGUUAAAACACAAGCACAGAAUUUUUACUUUAAUCUUAGCAGACGCGAAUGGUGAAGUUUCAUGACAGCUGUUAAUUACUCUGGUUAAUAAUAAUGUCAGAACUUAUCCCUCCUGCUUCUCAGAAUAACGACCAUGGCUCGAUUAUUGAGAUGGACGAAUUGCAAAAAUUAAAUGUGUGGGGAGAAUCACAAGAGGUCUUAGAACAGCAAGCAUUGAAAGAACUAGAAAUAUUGAAUAAUGCUACUUCGGCCACCAAUGGUGAAUUGGAGGAUGGUGAAAUACAAUCCGUAGAGUUAAUUAAGACUGCCACAACAAGCUUAAAUUUAGAUAUUAAGUCGUAUAUUAAGAGACAGGAGGAAUUAAAGAAACAUCAUGAAUAUAGACGUUGUCGGACCGUAAGUGAUGAAAGCAAAACAGCAUCUUCUACACUUCCGAAGAGUUGCACAUCAACAGGUACAAAACGCAAAGCUCAACAUAUUACUGUGCAGAAAUGUAAAAAGCCGAGAAACAAUAGAGAAGCAAGUUGUUCAGGAAGCGAAUAUGAACCGUCUGACGAUUGUUUAUCUUCUGGUGAGGAGCAGGAAUCCCUGCCAACAGCAACGAAACAAAGACAACUGAAAAAUAUAAAUGUUCAGAGGGUUCGGGAUGAUGGAUGCAUUAAAUUCUUUAAGUCUAGACUUGAUGAAUAUUACAAGGAGCUUGAGAAAACGCAAAGGGAACAAAGUGAAGAAACACCUGAUUAUGUUCAAAUAAGUGCUAGCUUCAAAGUGCCUUAUAAAAUGUGGAAUGAUUUAUAUAGUUAUCAACAAAAAGGUGUAAAAUGGUUAUGGAACAUACAUCAACAAUCAACAGGUGGAUUACUAGGCGAUGAAAUGGGCUUAGGCAAAACUGUACAAGUAAUUGUAUUUUUAGCAGCUCUGCAAUACAGCCGUGUAGUUUCCAGUCAUGGAAGAUAUACAGGCCUCGGUGCAACAUUGAUUGUCGUUCCCGCCACCGUUAUUCAUCAAUGGGUGAAACAUUUUCACGAUUGGGCUCCAGAAUUUCGCGUCGCUGUUCUCCAUCAGUCAGGGAGCUUUACUGGUAACAAAUCUCAACUUAUGAAAGAGAUAAACAAAUCUAAAGGAAUACUGAUUACCACCUAUUCUGGAGUUUUAAAAUACAAAGGCUAUUUGUCGGAAUUACCCUGGCAUUACCUCAUCUUAGACGAGGGACAUAAGAUACGAAAUCACAAUGCAAAGGUGAGCAUCGCGAUUAAGCAGCUUACUACUCCCCAUCGUAUUAUGCUUACUGGGUCACCCAUGCAAAAUAAUUUACAAGAGCUGUGGAGUUUAUUUGAUUUCAUUGUUCCGGGUAUGUUGGGAAAUUUGACUACUUUUAUGGAGCAUGUUGCCACUCCUAUUAUGCAGGGAGGAUAUACUAAUGCUACGCCUAUGCAGGAAGCUACUGCACUGUCUGUAGCAACAGCACUAAAAGAUCUGAUAUCACCUCAUUUGCUUAGAAGGUCAAAGAAAGAGGUCCAGAAAUAUAUUCACUUGCCUAAUAAAAGUGAACAGGUUUUGUUCUGUUCGCUGACAGAUGAGCAGAGGGAUUUAUAUAAGAAUUACUUAAUGGGUGAUCAAGUGGGAAUGAUUUUGAAAGGAAGGGGAAAGAACUGGUUUGCUGAAAAUCAUGUUCGUGCCAAUGUCUUAGUGGCCAUUACCAUGUUAAGGAAAAUUUGCAAUCAUCCAGAUUUAUAUUUGGGAGAUGAUGAUUCAUGGAAUAACAGUGAACUAAGUGUAGAAGACAAACCUGGCUACUACAAACGUUCGGGUAAAAUGGUGGUCGUCUCGGCUCUGUUGAAAAUUUGGAAAAAACAAAAGCAUCGUGUCCUUUUAUUUACGCAGGCUCGGACUAUGAUAGCUAUAUUUGAAGAAUUUUUAAAUCAGCAAGGUUACAAGUAUUUGAAGAUGGAUGGUGGUACGAGCAUCAGUUCACGGCAGCCGUUAAUUAACAAAUUUAAUGAGGAUUCCACUUAUGAUGUGUUUCUUUUAACAACAAGAGUUGGCGGAUUGGGUGUUAAUCUCACGGGUGCAAAUAGGGUUAUAAUAUUCGAUCCUGAUUGGAAUCCAGCUACGGACACUCAAGCUAGGGAACGAGCAUGGAGGAUAGGACAAGAGAAACAGGUUACAGUCUACCGUCUCAUUUCAGCCGGUACUAUAGAGGAAAAAAUGUAUCAGAGACAAGUGUGGAAGCAGCUACUUAGCAACAAAGUUCUGCUCGAUCCAAAAACCCAGAAGUUUUUUAAAACUAACAAUCUGUACGAUUUAUUUUCUUUUACAGAGCCAGCCGAUGGCUCGAAUCCAGAAACGACGAAUAUUUUUCACAACUCUAGGGUCAGUUUACAAGAAAAAAUGAAAGAGAAGAAAAAUGAAGGCGAAAGUUCCGUGCAAUUUUCAGAUGCAAAGAUAGAAGCGAUGAGAAGUUUAGCACAACAAAUCGCAAAGAGCAUUAGUAAUAAAAACACCGAAAGUAAUGUAAUACAGAAAACUUCACAGCAAAAGGAGUUAGAGGCGGUACGGUUACAAAAGUUACAAAAAAAAGAAGUAUUAAAGAAGCUGUCUCCCAUGGAACUUAGGUUAUUAAAUCGAAAUAAGUUAGAGAAGAAAGAAGAGGUGGUUAAUAAAAUCGAUGAUGUUGGCACUAACGUUAGUUUCUCGAAUGCUCUGGCCUUGUCAGAGAAAACCUCAGAGUUAUAUCAUAAAAUGAAGAAUAAUAAAAAAGAGUUACCAAUUGUGGAGGAACCGAAAUCUGUUAAAAAAGGCCAAGAAAAGAAAGAGUCAAAGGGUAGGAAGAAAUUAGACGUUAAGGUAGAUACAUCAGGGAUAGUUGAUGGAGAAGUUGUGGAAGGAUUACUGAAAAAGGAAACCAAAAAGCAUCAGAAUAGGGAAGACGGUAGCAAAAGUUCUCAAGACGACUAUGUUCUUGAAAAAUUAUUCACAAAAAAAGGUGUUCAAGGUGCUUUGGAACAUGAGUCAAUUGUUCAAUGUUCAGAUAGGAAAGAGAACCAAAUGAAAUUGAAAUGGGAAGCUCAGCAGAAAACUGAAUUAGCGCUACAAGCACUCAGGAAAUCACGAUUGAGUAAUUGGAGAUGGUAGUUUAUAGCAUAUUUUUUUAAAUAACAGAGCUGUGAUAUUCAUUUUGUACAUUCCCUUUUUUCUCUUUUUUUUUGUUAUUACUAUAUUGAAUUAAAUUUUUUAGAGCAU